AAUAAUGAUUUAUUUUUUUAACUUAUACAUGCUAAAAAUCAUAAAAAAUUUUAAUUAAAUUAUUGUACAUUAAUAUUUAAGUAAUAAUUAAUAAUUAAAUAAUUAAAAUUAUUUAUGAUUUAAAAAUAUAUAUAUAAUUAUGAUAAUAUAAUAAUUACAUAUUUUGUUUAAAUUAUUAUUUGUUUUCUUAAACACUUGAUUUUUUUCACAUAAAUAAUUGUAUGAAAAAUAUAAACAAUAAUCAAUUAGAAAUGUAUGAAAAAAUUAUAUUUAAAAAUUUUUAAUUUUAAAAUUAAAAACUUUCUUUUUUAUUAAAAAUUUAAAUUUAUCAAAAAUUUACUUGUCUUAUUAUUAUUACUUAAUAUUUUUAUUUAAUGUAUUAUUAUAUUAAUUUAUUAUAUAUUAAUAUAUUAUUAUUUAAUAAUUUUUUUAAUUAUUAUAGAAUUUUAUGUAAAAUGUUAUGUAAAAUAUUAAACUAUUAAACUAUAUUAAUUUAUGUAAAAUAUUAUAUUUUUAUUAUGUGUAUCUUUUUUUAAAUUUUAUUUUAUAAAAUAGAAUAAUAUGAUUAUUGGCCAUUCACAUUAAAACUCAAAUAGUAUUGAUAAUAUCUUUAAUUAAGAUGAUGUGUAAACUUAUGUUUUUUUAAAUAUUAUUGUAAUAUUUCUGCUUUUAUGUAUUAAAUUAUAAUAUUAUCUUUUAAUAUAAUUUAAUAUUUAUAAUUGAUUGCAAAAAUUUUUUCUUUAGUAAUUUUUUUUAAGAAUUGUCUUUAUUAUUCAUUUUUAUUUUUAAUAGCUUAUUUGUAUUUAAUUAUUCAUUUUUAAAAAUUACAAUUUUAUUUAUAAAAUAAUUAUAUAAAUUUAUACUAAUAUUUGUUUAAAUAUAAAUAUUUUAAAUAUAAAUACUAAUAUAACUAAAUUAAUAUAACACUAAAUAUAAGCACUAUAACCUUAAAUUUAUCCGAAAUUUAUAUAUGUUCUUUUAUAACAUAUACAUAUAAUAUAUACAUUUACAUAUAUAAAUUUAUAUAUUGUUUCUAUUUAUUAUAAUUAUAUAUAAUAUAAUAUAUAUAAUAUUUAUAUAUUAUUUACAUAUCAAGAAUUUAUAUUGACUCCCAAUUCCAAUAGCGAAAGCAAUGUUGCCAAAUUUAACAUCAUACCUUAUAUGUAUUUAAAGUAGACUGUGGUUAACUUUAACAUUUAUUGGUACUGUUUUACAAAUGGUGGAUGACAAUCAGUUUUAAGUCAUGUGGAAUGAGAAAAAUUUUAGAUUUACGUGAAUUUUAUAUAAAAAAAUCAUAUGUGAAGAAAAUAUUUUAUCACAUUUUCAAAUAUUUUCUAAAAAAAAUAUUUAUAUUUUCCUAUUAUAUUUGAUCAAAUUAAACAUAAUUCUUUUGAUAAAGAAAAAUUAUCAAAUUUGUUUCAUUGAAAGAAGUUUGCUUUACAAUUUGUAGAUAUUUCAAUUAAGGGCAAGAUUAUUGGAUUUUAAUAAAAUUUUGAAAAUGGAGGUGGAUUAUAGUAGCAAUUGUGAUGUUAAAAUUCCAGAAUGUAAAAAAUUAGCAAAUGAAGGAAAGUUACAUGAUGCUUUGGACCAAUUACUAGCAUUAGAAAAACUAGCACGAACAAGUGCAGAUGUAGCAUCUACAUCACGAAUUCUUGUUGCUAUUGUUCAAAUUUGUCUAGAAGCAAAGAAUUGGGCAAUAUUAAAUGAACACAUAGUAUUGCUGUCCAAAAGACGUUCUCAAUUAAAACGAGCUGUUACAGCAAUGGUUCAAGAAUGUUGUACUUAUGUAGAUAAAAUGCCUGAUAAAGAAACCAAAAUUAAAUUGAUAGAAACAUUACGUACUGUAACUGAAGGAAAGAUAUAUGUAGAAGUCGAAAGAGCAAGACUUACUCAUCGUUUGGCAAAAAUCAAAGAAGAAGAUGGAGAUAUUUCAGGUGCAGCAGCUGUUAUGCUUGAAUUACAAGUUGAAACAUAUGGUAGUAUGUCACGUUUAGAAAAAGCAUCUCUUAUCCUAGAGCAAAUGCGAUUAUGUUUAGCAAAAAAAGAUUUUAUGCGCACUCAAAUAAUAGCUAAGAAAAUUAAUGUUAAAUUUUUUAAUGAUGAAAAUGAUGAAGAAACACAAUCUCUUAAAUUGAAAUAUUAUGAUCUAAUGAUGGAAUUGGCUCGUCAUGAAGGUUGGCAUUUAGAAUUAUGUAGACAUAAUCGAGCAGUAUUGGAAACUCCAACAGUUAGAGAUGAUCCUGAAAAAAGACAUGCUGCACUUUCACGAGCUGUUCUAUAUCUUGUACUUGCACCACAUGAACCAGAACAAGCUGAUUUGACCCAUAGAUUGCUUUCUGAUAAACUUCUUGAUGAAAUACCAACAUACAAGGAAUUAUUACGACUUUUUGUAAAUCCAGAACUUAUAAAAUGGUCAGGACUUUGCGAAAUUUAUGAAAGAGAUCUUAAAGCUACAGAAGUUUUUAGCCUAUGGACUGAAGAAGGACGUAAACGAUGGGCCGAUCUUCGAAAUCGUGUUGUCGAACAUAAUAUCAGGAUUAUGGCAAAAUAUUACACAAAAAUUACAUUGACUCGUAUGGCUGAAUUAUUGGAUUUACCAGUUGAAGAAACUGAAGCAUGUCUAUGCAGUUUAGUAGAAACUGGUGUGAUAAAUGCCCGUACAGAUCGUCCAGCCGGUGUGGUUCGUUUUACAGGAACCCAAGAGCCGGCUGCUCUUUUGGACGCAUGGGCUGCAUCUUUAUCAAAACUAAUGAGUCUUGUCAAUCAUACAACUCAUCUUAUUCAUCAAGAAGAAAUGUUGGCUGUAGCUCAAUCCUGAAAGAUAAAUUUUCACUUUUUCUUUUUCCCUAUUUUUUUUUCUCCUUUCUUUCUUCUCUUUAUAUCAAAACUUGUUUAAUUUUCUUCUUUAUAUAAUACUUUUAUUUUUUUAAAAGUUAUUUUCAUAAAAUGACUGCACAUAAAUAAUUGUACACUUUCUAUAAAACUUCAAUUCAAAUAAAACUUUGAAAAACUUUAAAAAAACAUUUAAAGAGUUGCUUUUAGUCUGUUUUUAACGCGUGUACUAUAUCUUAAAAAUAAACAUUAUGCGAAACAUAAAA